AUGGUGAAUGACUUUGCACCAAAGACAAUUCAUAUCUCCUCUACGGGUGGUGGUAUCAGUCAUAUUGCCUGGACAUUGGAGAUUGGAAAAGUAUUAGCUCAGCGAGGUCAUAAUGUAUCCUUUGUCACCACAGAUCCUAAUGUCAAAUUCGGUGCAGCCUUCUUACCAGAUAUCAAGACAAUCUCAAUGGGUCCUCAUAUAUCCAAGGUAGAAUUUCGUGAUUUGUUUGAUGUUAAUGAUCCCGUCUCUCUCUCUGUCACCACAGCUUACCGAACCUUGAUCGCCGAUGUCUAUAAGCGUGAUUUUAACGCCUACACGCACAUCUUUGAAACCUCAAAUACAGCACUCGCUAUUUGUGAUCAAAUGGCUUUACCUUGUUUUGAUGCUGCUAAAAAAUUGAAUAUUCCAAUGAUUUUGCAUAUCACCAUGAGUCUUUCGGAAGAUACAAGAGCGCCUUUUAUUACGUCCUUCCAUACAGUGGGGCCACCUACCACCAGGGAUUUAAGUUUCAAGCAGAGAUUCUAUAACAGAUACAUCAGAUUGCCGAUCUUUCUUUAUCGUUUCUACCCCGUGGGCCAGGUGGUUAAAAAGGUACGCAAAGAAAUGGGCGUAGAAGAUUUCGACCCCUUGGGCCGUCAUUCCAACGUGAUCAAGAUGAUCAACAGUUUCUGGGGUAUGGAAAGCCCUAGACCUGUGGGGCCUUUUGUAGAGUAUGUUGGGCCUAUCAUCAGCAGUACCUAUGAUUCUUUACCUGCUACCAUGGAGCACUACAUGAACACACAUGCGCGUGUUGUUUACAUUGCCUUUGGACAGAUGUACACACCCAACGCACAAGAGUUCAAAGUACUCUUGACUAGUCUUCUAGAGGCGUACGAAUCCAAAGCUCUGGAUGGCUUUAUCUGGUCAUUCUCGCUCAAAUCUCGACAAGAACCUGACUUGCCUAUAUACAUUCAAACUCGAUCCAAAAAGAUUUAUAAUGUGGAAGACUUAUUCGACGGCAGUCUGGAUCCAAAUUUAAGAUUUGAAGCUUGGUCACCUCAAUUCGCCAUUUUAAAUCACCCUCAUUGUAAGCUCUUUAUCAGCCAUGGUGGAGCCAGUUCCAUCCAUGAAUCCUUGUUUAACGGUGUGCCCUUACUAUUGCACCCGUUUACAAGUGACCAGCCUGCCAAUGCUUAUACAAUGAAAGAGGCAGGUGUUGCAUUGACGUUGGACAGAAAGGCAUAUGAUUUUGAUGACACCGUCGAAAAGAUAAUCACGAUAUUAACCGAUAAAGACGGAACGUUCAAAUCUAACAUGGCGAGUAUGCAGGCUCUCGUUCAAUUAAAAAGUCGAGGCAAAAUUCAUGCUGCUGACAUGAUCGAAGAAGUCUUAUACUCGGUACGCAACAAGAGUGAUAUCUGGUACAGAAGGGAGGAAAGUGAUGGCAUGCCAUUGUUGAAAGUCACUAACUGGGAUAUCAACUUGGCUGCCUUGGCUUGUAUCGCUGCUUUCUUCACCAUCGUCUUUAAAGCACUGUUCAAGACGAUCUCAUUGCUCAAGUUUUUAUUCGUAUCACAUCAAAAGUUGAAGACCGCUUAA